AUGGCUCGCCGUAAUGAAGAAGAAGGAUCUAUUGGGACCUCCAUGCAUGGAGUCACCGCCAAGGAACAUGUUUUCUCUUUCUCUGUCCAAGGCGAAGAUGGCCCGUCAUCCCGUAUCGUUCCAUAUGAUGAUCCAACGGCUAAGUUUGCCUUGCCGGUCGACUCAGAACAUAAAGCAAAAGUGUUCAAACCAUUGUCAUUUGCGAAACCACACAUGAGAGCUUUCCACUUAGGAUGGAUCUCUUUCUUCACUUGCUUUAUCUCCACGUUUGCCGCCGCACCUCUCGUUCCCAUCAUCAGAGACAACCUCGAUUUGACCAAAACUGAUAUAGGAAACGCAGGAGUCGCCUCCGUUUCCGGUGCCAUUUUUUCAAGGCUUGCUAUAGGAGCUGUUUGUGACUUGCUCGGGGCUAGGUACGGAACGGCGUUUCUCCUGAUGCUGUCAGCUCCAGCAGUGUUCAGCAUGUCUUUUGUAGCUGACGCUGGUGGCUACUUAUCCGUCCGGUUCAUGAUCGGUUUUUGUCUAGCCACCUUCGUGUCAUGUUCAUACUGGACCAGUGUGAUGUUCAAUGGAAAGAUCAUUGGACUCGUCAACGGAUGUGCCGGUGGUUGGGGAGACAUGGGAGGAGGCGUGACUCAGUUACUCAUGCCAAUGGUCUUCCACGUCAUCAAAGUCGCUGGAGCCACUCCCUUCACGGCAUGGAGGAUUGCGUUCUUCGUCCCCGGCUUUCUUCAGGUCAUCAUGGGAAUACUUGUGCUCACUCUUGGACAAGAUCUUCCUGAUGGGAAUCUAAGUACUCUGCAGAAGAAAGGAGACGUUACCAAAGACAAAUUCAGCAAGGUACUAAAUGAAGCAAUUAAAUCACAGAAAUACAGUAGAACCAACCUCUAUAACUCGGAUAAACUAGCUAGUAAUUUCUAUAAACUAAUAAAUUCCGUUGGUUUUAGUUUGGUUUAA